AUGGAUCACAAUUUAUGCCUUCUUCGUAAGCGCUAUGUGGAAAACGUCCAGAAGGGUAUGGCAUUCGGCGGCAAGAAGAAUGCGUGGCAAGAUGUGGAAGUAGACGAGUCCGUCUUCGACAAAAAGCUGAUACCCUUGGAGGAAGCGGAGUCGCCGACGAAAACGAUGAUGUGGGAACAGUGGGUGGGCAUGGUCCAGCGCGGCAAGCCGGAGUCCCUGGUUUUGAUCCGCCUCUCCCCGCAGCCCACGAAGCCGCGCUCACCGGGACCCGGUCCCAUCAAGAAGUGCGAUUGGAAGCCUAUAGCCGACAAAUGGCUGAAGGAUAAGCAAGUGCUGCUGCACACCGACAGCGCUCGUGCGUACAAGUCCAAGACGCCGGGCGUCUUGCAUGCUUCCGUGGUCCACAAGAAGCGCCGGGUUUGGGUCGGUGGAAGGUGGGUGUGGGAGCCGCCUACUUACGUCAAGAUCAAAUUCAUUAAGAGCCGACUCACCCUGAAUCAGAACAGUAAGGUGGGGUCGACUACACUUAUUUCCAAAGUACGAUCGGCCCAGUAUGAGUACUGGAACAGGGGCCGAGACAUGUGGGAACGCACAGGAGAGCUUCUGAGCUGGCACAUGUCCCAGAUCAAUGACCAAGUGAUGGUCAGUAAUCGAGCUUUUUGGAAGGGCACAUGA